AUGGCACCCGCGCGAAAGGGAAAGAAGGGCGCGACAAAGCCGUCGACGACCGCCGACUUGGACGAUCUGCUGAGUGAGUUCGCGCCGCCGCAAGCGGAUGACGGCGCGACGAAGGAGCAGCAGCAGCAGCAACAGCAGCAGCAAAAGGAGCAGCAGCAACAGGACGCGAAGAAGGCAAUGGACGUGGACGCCGCUGCUGCUGCGUACUUGGCGUCACUGGGCGUAGCGCCUGUCGCUGGCCACGAGAAGAAGGACGAGCUGAAGAAGAAGAAGAAGAAGGGCAAGAAGAAGCCCACGGGCGACGUGAAGAAGGACGACGAGAAGAAGCCCAUGUCGGCGGCUGCGAAGGUGCUGAUGGAGCGGCAGGCGGCGCUGAGGGCCGAGCAGGAGCGCGCGGAGCAGGAACGACUGGAGCUCGAGCGCAUUGCGCAGGAGGAAGAGGCCAAGCGCUUGGCCGAGAUGGAGGCAGAAGAAGAGCUUCGGCGCAAGAAGAAAGAGGCGCGUGCAGCCAAGAUCGAGCGGCAGAAGAAGGAAGGCACGUACAUGACGAAGGCGCAGAAACAGAAAGCGGCCAAAGCGCAGGCGGCAUUGGAAGCCAUGCAGCAGGCCGGUCUUGUGCCGGAAGCUACUGGCGAGAAGAAAAAGGUGGUGUAUGCCGACAAGAAACGGCAAAACUAUGAGCGGAAGGAGACAGCCGAGAAAGCCGGGAUAACCGAAGAUGGUGGGGACGAGAGUGACGAAGAGGUAGAAGACAAUAAGCCGGCGGCACGUGACGACGUGGAGCCGCAGAUGAAGGAGAAGGAGGAGGAGAAAGAAGAAGAGGAGACUGAAGCGCCCGAUGCGUGGGACGACGACGACUGGGAGACUAGCAACGUCGUGGCCUCGCUGGAAGAUAAGCUCCAAGAAGUACACGAAGGAGUUGCUGCCGUAGACAGUGAUGAUGGCGGAGACGAGGAUCUUUUGGUGCUGGAGCAAAAGAAGGAGCAAGAGCGUCUACGUCAGCAGGGCAUUGCGCUGAAGAAACGCCAAGAGGAGCAGGCAGAGCAGAUGCGAGCUGAGGCUGAGGAGGAGCAUCAACGCUCCAAGGCCAAAAUCGAGGCGGACCGUAAAAAGAAAGAGGCUGCUGAUCGACGUCGCGAACGCGAGGCCGUUGCACGAGCCAACGUGUCUCUGGACAACCUGCGUUCCCCCAUUUGCUGUAUCAUGGGUCAUGUUGAUACCGGUAAAACGAAGUUGCUUGACAACAUUCGUAAGACCAAAGUGCAAGACGCCGAAGCCGGUGGUAUCACUCAGCAAAUCGGUGCUACCUUUUUUCCUGUGGAAGCUAUCAAGCAGAAGACGGCUCGGCUUAUUGAGACAAUGAAGCUCGAGUUCCGUCUGCCCGGUUUGCUAGUGAUUGACACACCUGGCCACGAGUCAUUUACGAAUCUGCGUAAUCGUGGUUCGUCGCUAUGUGACAUCGCCAUUUUGGUGGUUGACAUAAUGCACGGUUUGGAGCCUCAGACUCUGGAAUCGCUACGCCUACUGCGUCAAAAGAAAGCGCCGUUUGUCGUGGCACUCAACAAAAUCGACCGAUGUUACGGCUGGAAGACGAUGCCUGAUAUGCCUGUCCAGGAAGCGCUGAAGCAUCAGAACGAGCACGUCAUUCGUGAGUUUGAGGAUCGAAUGAAAGCGAUUAUCGUGGAGUUUGCCGAGCAGAAGUUAAAUGCCGAGGUCUACUGGCGCAACAAAAACCUGGCGCACACAGUGUCGCUUAUCCCUACCAGUGCCAUCUCCGGCGAAGGUGUGCCGGACUUGUUGAUGAUGCUGACACGCUUGACGCAGGAGCGCAUGGCCAAGUCUUUGGCCUUCGUCGACAUCUUGCAGUGUACCGUGCUAGAAGUGAAGGUUAUCGAGGGUCUCGGUACGACAAUUGAUACGAUCCUGGUAAACGGUACACUGGAAGAAGGGUCAACCAUCGUAGUGUGUACCUUGGACGGGCCCGUAGUGACAACCAUCCGUUCGUUACUGACUCCACACCCAAUGAAAGAGAUCCGAGUCAAGGGUGAGUAUAUCCACCACCAAACGAUAAAGGCUGCCAUGGGCGUAAAAAUCUGCGCGCAAGGUCUUGAAAAAGCUGUAGCCGGUACACAGAUUUACGUGGUUGGCCCCGACGACGAUGUUGAGGAGCUGAAGGAUUCUGUAAUGUCCGAUCUAACGAGUAUUCUGGACUCGGUGAAGGCCACCCGUCGUGGUGUGAUGGUUCAAGCUUCCACUCUUGGUGCUUUGGAAGCGCUUCUGGAAUUCUUACGCACAUGUGAUCCGCCUAUUCCGGUGUCCUGUGUGAACAUUGGCCCCGUAUACAAGAAAGACGUGAUGCGAGCUUCUGUGCAACUCGAGCACCAGCCGGAAUACGCGACCAUACUGGCGUUUGACGUGAAGGUUCACAACGACGCGACUGAGUUGGCUUCCGAGCUUGGCGUGCGCAUUUUUACAGCUGACAUCAUUUACCACCUGUUUGACCAGUUUACGGCGUAUAUGGAAAACUUUCGGAUGGCCCGUCGCGAGGAAUUCGAGGAAGUUGCUGUGUUUCCUUGCGUGCUCAAGAUCGUUCCCAACUGUGUUUUUAACAAGAAGGACCCAAUCAUUCUUGGUGUCGACGUUGAAGAGGGCAUUCUCAAAGUAGGCACGCCUCUCGUAGUCCCAUCCGCCGGUGGCUUCUUGGUCGGCAAGGUGGGUUCGAUCGAACGCGAGCACAAAGAGGUCGACCGUGCGAAGAAGGGUGCAUCGGUUGCUGUGCGGAUAGACAACGAGAGCAGUGUCAUGUACGGCCGUCACUUUGACCACAAGAACAAGCUAGUGUCGCGCUUGACCCGUCAGAGUAUCGAUGCGCUGAAAGAGAAUUUUCGGGAUGAUCUUCAGAAAGAGGAUUGGCAGCUCGUGAUCAAGCUAAAGAAGGUGUUCGACAUCAUUUAG